AUGAGAGGAGUCGGAGGACCGUUGCUGUCAAUCGGAGAUCUUCUCGCCGAUCUCGUUGAAGAAACUGUUGACUCAUCACCGGGAAACGAUCCAAAUCCUGGAAGUUCUUCAAAAUUAGAUCCUGAUGCCAUCUCUGGACCGUUGGAUCUAACCCGACUCUUUCAGGACAACUAUGAUAAACUAAACACUGCGUUUGCUGGUUCUGACCACUCAUGGACAUCUCUCACAGUGGAGCUUUGCACUUCCCUAGAAACUGCAAACAGGUUGGUCCAUGCUACCACCACAAAUGCUAGAUUGUUGUCAGAGAAGGUGGAAGAACUGGAGAAAAUAGUGAAAAGAGGAGACUCUGCAGUAGCAGCUGCAAGAACAGUUCAUUCUACGGUUAACAAGAAAGGAUAG